AUGAUCGUUGACCUCCGCGGAUUAUCAAAUAGGCCACGCCUUCCCGAUGACGCAAUAUCUGUUACGCUGUUCUGGAAAUCCCUAGAAAUAAGUGCAUCCCAGUCUGAGAUCAGUCGGGUUUGGUGAUGGGUGUAAAAAUCAAUGUGGAAUAUUGUGGCGGAUGAGGCUACGAACCCCGCUAUCAGGAGCUCAAGCGAGUCGUCAUCGGCGAGUUUCCUGAGGCGGAGGUAUCUGGCUUCGUUGGCAGACAAGGGAGUUUUGAGAUCGAGAUCAAUGGACAGCUAGUUUUCUCAAAGCUAGAAACCAGCGGUUUUCCCUACGAAGAUGAUGUCAUGGAGGCCAUCCAGAAAGCCCACGAUGGCAAACCAGUGGAGAAAAUCACCAAGAGCCGGCCACCUUGCGUCAUACUCUAACUACCUCCGAAACAACAAGGCUAUGAGUGAAAACUUUGUAAUCAUGUAACAGCUCCUCAGAUGUCUCCUUUUGCCUCUGCUUCUAAUGGGGUGUUUUUGGACUUAAAUGAUUGGUGUAGCUAAAAACUAAAGGUUACACUAUGAAGCUCUCAGUCCAAUCACUUUCAGAUAGUAGCAGAAAUGAAAGGGAGAUGUUGAAGUGUGCAUUAAAAAAGGUUCAAAUGUGUUUUACGUUUUACUGUACUAAUUGCUGCCUUGAUUAAGAUAUUUAAUUAUAGAUGAUAAUAUAAAAUAUUAACAUUAAAAAACAUUGCUUAUAAGAUUUAGAAAUAAAGGUAACAUGUAGAACUUUCAGUUAUCAAAUCACACAGUAAUAAAAUCCAUUAUCCAGGAACUGGUUAAGAUGUUGAAAUGGCUUUUUCAUGUUUCCUUAAUUGUUUUGUAAGACUAUUUCCCAAUCUAAGAAAAAAAAAAUGCUGUUUGUGGUGCUGUUUUUUUUUUUUUUUUAAUGUGCUCUUUACCUUCAUUAUUAUUAAAUAUUUAGUUAAGACUCUCCAAUAAGGGACAGAGACAACUCAUGAACGUUGUUCUUUCCAUUCUUCUUAGACAUGUUUUGUCUGUGUAAGCUGAUUAUACCUAUAGCAACUUUUGUCAAACAAAACCAUAAAUGGUUCUCUGCCGCUGUGUUCGACAUCCACCUUUUCAUUUUGUCAGCAGGUUGUUACUGUUGUGUCUGAUUGUACAACCACAACAUCAGUGAGCAAAUAAUGCACAUCUUAUUUUUACUUUUAGAUUCAGUAUCAUGACCCUCAAUAAAUUUAAAAAAAAUAAAUAAAAAAAAAAAACCUGCUGCAUUCUUGAACAAAAAUUUGUUGAAAGUGGUUAUAGAGUUUUAUCCUUACAUGACAAAACACUAUCUGUUGGCAAAUGGAGUUGUGAAAUAACUGAACUUACUUCACAACCAGAGCUUUAUCUCUUUAUCCCUCUAAUGUGGAAGUUUUGACUAAAGAAUAUUAUCUCUCUUUUAAUGUGGGUUUUGAAUCAAGAAUAUUUAGAGCAUAGCCUGGUUGUGUAGCACAAAAUUGGCCAAAUAUCCAGCCAAAGCCUUAGUGCUCAACCUGAUCUGCACUUGCAAAGCAUGAAUUACAAGCUAUAAUGAAGUAAAUAGGUUGUGGAUGUAAAAAUAUAUGAUUGACACUUCUGUAGUUUCUGUUUACUAGCUGAAGACUAUUUAAAUUGAGAGUUACUAUAGUUGGUUUCUAGAAUCUUAGUUAUGUUGUUAACUACAUUAGUAACAUUAGAUUUCUAUUUGGGAAAUUUUUAGACAUUUUUUCUUUUUUAAAACACUACCCAGCUAUAGAUUAUUGCAGAAGGAUUGUUGGUAAAGCACAAUUGCCUGAGAACCUGUCACAAUCCUUCCUCUUCCCCAACUUGAAGAAUCCUGAGAUGAUGAAAGCAAAGUGGUGUCAAAACAAGUGUAAUAAAAAAGCAUUCACUUCUAUGUUUGGAUGCAAAAAGUGGCUGUA